CAGUAGCUCCGAAUUAUGGCAAAAUCUGUGCUAUUCCCAUUGUUGAUUUUGCUGCUUAUUCUUAGAACAACUUAUGCAUCUGCACCAAGUCCUGGUAGAAUGGGCUUGAAGAUGGUUAGAAGAUCACUUUCAAGCCAGUCCUACUCUGAACUCCAAUCAUUUUAUUACAGCCAGACACUAGACCACUUCAACUACAGACCUGAUAGUUAUCAAACUUUCCAGCAGAGAUAUUUUAUCAACUCCCAGUAUUGGGGAGGAGCAAAUACGAGCUCACCCAUUUUUGCUUAUUUAGGUGCAGAGACAGAUGUAACACUGAAUAUUCCUGCUAUUGGAUUCAUUGAUGAUCUCGCUGCGCGUUUUAAAGGUUUGCUGCUGUAUAUGGAGCAUCGUUAUUAUGGUGAAUCAAUCCCAUUUGGUUCGAAUCAGAAUUCCAGUACUCUUGGAUACUUCAGCUCAACACAAGCUCUAGCUGAUUAUGCACAAUUGAUCAUAGAUGUCAAGAAAAACCUAUCAGCAGAAAAUUGUCCUGUUAUUGCUGUUGGAGGAUCUUAUGGUGGAAUGCUUGCCUCGUGGUUUCGUCUAAAAUACCCUCAUAUUGUCAUUGGUGCAUUGGCUUCGUCUGCUCCAAUACUAUACUUUGAUGAUAUUACACCACAAGAUGGAUAUUAUGUUGUUGUUAGCCAGGUUUUUAGAAACAAGAGUGAAAGUUGCUACAGUAACAUAACGCAGUCCUGGUCUGAAAUUGAUAGAGUUGCUGGUGAAUCAAAUGGCCUUGCCACCCUUGAGAAAAUCUUCACCCUCUGCAACCCUCUGAACUCAGCACUAGAGCUCAAAAAUAUCCUUGCGUCCAUGUAUAUGUACUCAGCUCAGUAUGACAGUCCUGAAGAAAAUUAUGUUGAAAAUGUAUGUGGAGCCAUUGAUGGGGCACCAGAAGGAACUGAUGUUCUUGGAAGAAUAGCAGCAGGUCUAAAUUCUAGUUCCUCUUCGUGCCAGUCCAUGUCUGUUGGAAGAUCACCAGCGUUACAAGAUUACGUGCAGGAACAAGGAUGGUCAUGGCAGAAAUGCACUGAAAUUGUAAUGCCAUUCGGAAUAGAUAACAACAAUACAAUGUUCUGGAUAGCUCCAUUUAAUCUAAGCAACUAUAUCAGCAAUUGUCAAGAAGCUUUUGGUGUCACCCCAAGGCCUCAUUGGAUCACAACAGAAUUUGGUGGCCGCGACAUAAAAUCAGUGCUGGGAAAUUUUGGAAGUAACAUCAUUUUCUCUAAUGGACUGAGAGAUCCAUACAGUGCUGGAGGAGUUGUAGAAGACAUAUCAGAAAAUAUUGUUGCUGUAAAUACAGAGAGAGGUUCCCAUUGCUUGGAUUUGUAUACUCCUUCAGUAAAUGAUCCUGAUUGGCUUGUAGCACAAAGAGACAAAGAAACCAAAAUCAUUGCACAGUGGAUUACUGACUAUGCCAAGCCCAAGAAGAAUUGAUACAGAAAGAAACAGGAUAAGAUAUAUAGUUUUCCAUGGGAUGCAUUGAUAAAUUAUUUUUUAUUUUUUAUUUUUUUUUAAAAAAGUGUGACAAAGAGGAAUGUUGAUUUUUAAUUAUCUAAAUUACAGUACUAGAACAUUUUAAUUUGAUUAAAUUUAAAGUUU